CCAGCGCUAGCAACCACGCAGGACGGACGGGAGGUGAUCGCUCUUUGGUGUGUGGUUCUCCUCUUAUCUACUUCCCCAAAGUAGUGUAGUUUUGUUGGAAGAGCACUGAUGGAGAGAAAAAGGAGAAGCGGCGGGAGCCCAGGACGGGGGUAGAGGGUAAAAGCUGAUUCAGCUGGGGCUUAAGGCGCUGUGGAGCACCGAAGCAGGAGGGAAAGAACAAAGGACGAAAGUAGGGAGGGGAAGCCGGAUUGGGAAGGGGACGAGCCCCCGACCCGACUUCUAGGGAUCAGGGAGGCUCAAAGUGUCAGUUGAAUCCCCUCCAACUCCAAGGCGCUUGGGAUUGUAGCGCCUUGUGUAGUCCUAACGGCCGGAGCAAUCCCCCACCAGCACCUUCUGCAAGUUAAGGGGGAGACAGUUCUGAAGGAGGCAGAAGGAAAAAAGAGAAAAAGAAAAGAAAUCCCACCCCUGGCUCCUCUUUCCUGGGCAUUCAGAAAGAGAAUUAUUUCCGCCUGGUGGAAGUAGAAAUCAAGAAUGAAAACUAAGAAAGGUGUUGUUCCAGUAUCAGGCAGCGAGACUGAGGAUGAUGACAAUAUGGAUAUUCCCCUGGACCUUUCCUCUUCAGCAGGCUCAGGCAAGCGGAGAAGACGGGGUAAUCUACCCAAAGAAUCUGUACAAAUUCUCCGGGACUGGCUAUAUGAACAUCGAUUCAAUGCUUAUCCUUCAGAACAAGAAAAGGCUUUACUAUCCCAGCAAACACACCUAUCUACACUACAGGUCUGCAACUGGUUCAUCAAUGCACGCCGCAGGCUCCUCCCUGACAUGCUGAGAAAAGAUGGCAAGGAUCCAAAUCACUACACUAUUUCCCGCCGAGGGGCCAAGAUUUCUGAAGCUAACUCUGUGGAGUCUGCCAUGGGCAUCAAAAACUUCAUUCCAGCUUUAGAUGAGAGCUCAUUUCAUGCCUGUACAACUGGACCAAACCAGACCUUAGGAAGACCACUGUCUCCUAAGCCCCCAUCCCCAGGAUCGAUUUUGGCCCGGCCCUCAGUGAUUUGCCAUACCACAGUGACUGCAUUGAAAGAUACCCCUUUCCAUCUGUGCCCGUCAGUCAGUGUCGGACAGAACACAGAUAUGCAGCAGAUACCAGCCAACGGUUUCACAGACACCUCUCUCCUGUACUCAGAGGACACGGGUAAAUCUGGACCAAGUGCAAAUACCCAGAGUGGGCUUUUCAACACUCCCCCCCCAACCCCACCAGACCUCAACCAAGAUUUUAGUGGAUUUCAGCUCUUAGUGGAUGUUGCCCUCAAAAGGGCAGCUGAGAUGGAGCUUCAGGCAAAACUGAUGGCCUAACCCUUUUUUCAAGCAGCAGAAUUCUCAGAAAAUGUUUGUUAUGGUUGUCUGGGUGAUGUCAAAAGACUAAUGACUGCAUUAUUUUAUAUAUGUUUUUUUUAUUAAUAUUUGCACAAAGGAUUGCUGAAAUGAAGCUUCCUGUUACUGAGAUGUCUUCAAUGGAAUAUAGUCAUUCCAAGAACUGUAAACUUAAAAGCUACUGUAGAAACAAAGGGUUUUCUUUUUAAAAUGUUUCUUGGUAGAUUAUUCAUAAUGUGAGAUGUUUCCCAAGAUCAUGUGAUUCUUUUUUUCUUAUUCCCACAUUCUCCCUUUAUUUUUGUUGGUAUUUCUUUCAGACUGUGCAAUACUUAGUAAAGCUAUAGUCUUCUUCUCAUUCCCAUGUGGAACAGGAUGCUGACAUACUGUCUACUAAAGAAAUUUUCAAUUUUUUUAAGCAAGUAUGAACCUAGUUGAUUGGUGUUGCCUUUUUCAUGAUGUAAUAAAAUAUUUUCUUUAAAA